AUGGCCGAAGCUAUUGCUUUCGACAUCAUCACAGGGCUCAUUACUAAGUUGGGCUCCCGCGCUCUCUCUCAAAUAGGACUGUGGUGGAAUUUCAAAGACGACCUCGAUGACCUCAAACGCACCGUCAUCAGAAUCCAGGCUGUGCUUCUUGACGCGGAAGAGCGUUCAGUGACCAGCAAUCUUGUCAAAGUUUGGCUUGAUGAGCUGAAAGAUGCACUGUAUGAUGCGGAAGACUUGCUGGAUGAUGUCCAUACUGAAGUCUUGCGGAGGGAUCUGAUGAGUGGGAACAAGCUGACCAAAGAGGUACGUCUUUUCUUCUCAAGAUCAAACCAGUUUGCUUAUGGUCGCAAAAUGGCUAGUAAAAUCAAGGCCAUUAAGGCCAGAUUUGCUUCCAUUCAAAGUCAGACCAGUGAGUUAAAGCUGGUAGAGCGUGACCUUCCUGUGGAAACUCCUUUCAUGGCCAAAAGGAGGCAGCAGACACACUCUUUUGUGCGUAAAGAUGAGAUAAUAGGGAGGGACCAUGAUAAAGCAGCUCUUCUAAAACUCUUGCUAGACAGAGAGUUUCAAAGUGAAGAGAAUGUUAUUAUGGUCACAAUUGUGGGGAUGGGAGGCUUGGGGAAGACUGCGUUGGCUCAGUUUGUCUAUAGUCAUGACGAGGUUAAAGAUCAUUUUGAGUUGAUGAUGUGGGUAUGUGUGUCUGAUGUUUUUGACGUGAAAACAAUAGUAGCAAACAUUAUCAAAUCUGUGACUAACCAAGCACCCGAUCAAAAUCUCGAGAUGGAUCAAUUGCAAAAGCAACUUCGAAAUAAAAUUGAUGGGAAAAAAUACUUACUUGUUUUGGAUGAUGUUUGGGAGGAGAAUGGAGAAAAAUGGUUUAGCUUAAAGAAGUUACUGAUGGGUGGGGCUAUAGGAAGUAGGAUAAUCGUAACUACUCGCUCUCAUAGAGUAGCAAAGAUUACUAGUAAAUGUGAACCCCAUGUUUUAAAAGGCUUGUUUGAUGAUGACGCUUGGUUUUUGUUCAAAAAAGUAGCAUUUGAGCAAAGAUCUGCAGACUCAACAAAUCCAGCCUUUGUGGAAGUAGGAAAGCAGAUUGUGAAAAAGUGUGGUGGAGUUCCCUUGGUCAUUAGGACUAUAGCUAGUACCCUAUCUGUUAAAGAAAGUGAAAAUGAGUGGCGUUCUUUCAAAGAUAAUGUGCUUGCUACUAUAAUAUCCCAAAAAGAUGGUGAAAUUUUACCUGCACUUAAGCUGAGUUACGACCAUCUCCCACACUGUUUGAAGCAUUGUUUUGCUUAUUGCAGACUGUACCCAAAAGAUCAUGAAAUUAAUGUAAAGACACUUGUUCAACUCUGGAUUGCACAAGGUUUUGUAAAGCAAUCAGAGUCGAACCAAUCUCUCGACGAGAUUGGAUUGGAUUAUUUUAAUGGCUUAGCAGAAAGAGGUUUCUUUCAAGAGAUAGAAGAAGAUAAUUAUGGGGGGGGAAUGGCAUGUAAAAUGCAUGAUUUAAUGCAUGAUCUUGCUGAAUUAGUAGCGGGGAGAGGGAGUAGAAUUUUAGAAUCAAAUUCUGGUGCAAGCGAGGUUGAUGAAAUAUGUCGUCGUGUAUCCAUUGAUUUUUCAAUAACUCCUUCGUUCAAGGGAAGAAAGUUACAAACUUUGUUACACUUCCCUGGUCAAGAUGAUCAAAACAUGAGCAAGGCGACUUGGGAUUUAAUAAUUUCAAACUGUAGAUGUUUGCGUGUGUUAGAAUUAGAUGAUUUAAAUCUUGAAAUAGUUCCACGCUCCAUUCAUAAGUUGAAACAUUUGAGGUAUUUUGAUCUCUCUGACAAUAUAAAUCUUAAGAUCCUCCCAAAGUGUAUUUGCAAGUUACAAAAUUUGCAAGUGCUGAGACUUGAUUGGUGCCAGGGGAUUGAAAAAUUGCCAAAAAAGAUUGGAAAAUUGGUGAAUCUCACCCAUCUUUCGUUUGAUGGGUGUUGGAGGUUAACUCAUAUGCCACGUGGAAUAGGGAAGCUGAUUUCGCUUCAGACGAUAUCCAUGUUUGUGGUGGAUAUACGUGGUUCCCAUGGUGGUGCAGAUCUAAGUGAAUUGGAAGUGGAGUUCAGGGCUGCUAAUUUGAAAGAGAAGCAACAUUUGCACUCAUUGACUUUAGAAUGGAGCAGCCUUAUUCCUGAGGCUGAUGAUGAAGAGAAGUCACUUGAAGACCUCCAGCCCCAUCCUAAUCUGAAGGAGCUCCGUGGUCCUAGUAAAUUUAAACAUCUACCUUCCUUUGCUCGAUUGCCUUAUCUUCAAAAGCUCGAGAUUCUUUCUUUAACUGAACUGGAGUACAUGGACAACAGUGGCCCCAGUGCAAGACAAGGAGAAUCAAAAUUAUUCUUCCAAUCGCUUAAAUCUCUCACACUCUUUAAAUGCCCAAAUUUGAAGAGUUGGUGGUGCAAAAGGCCGGUUGAUGAUCAUAAAAAUGAUGACAAAACAAUUAUUGGAACAUCAACCUUGGCAUUUCCUUGUCUUUCUAGUUUAAGUGUCGAAGAUUGCCCUUUGACUUCAAUGCCUCUGUAUCCAUCACUCGAUGAUAAGCUAUAUUCGGCCAAUACAAGUUCAAGUCGUUUGAAGCAGACCAUUCAGAUUAACACCUGUGGUAUAGGACCUUCAACCUCAUCUCUUCCUCUCUCCAAAUUGAAAUCUUUCGAAGUGGAGCAUAUUGAGGAAAUGGACACAAACAUGCUAGAUGAAUGCCUGCAAAACAUGACUUCCCUUGAACAAUGCCGCAUUUUUUAUGGCCAUUUUAUCAAGGUGUCUGCAACAGUUGACCGGUCUCAAAAGAUUAACGGUCUUGUUCAACUGAAAAGUUUACAAAUUGAGAAUUGCAGUGGAUUGAGGACCCUCUUUCCUGUGUUCCCACAUCUCACUUCUCUUGAAACGCUUAAAAUAUCAUACUGCAAGGAGCUGGAUUUAUGUGCAGAUAGCAUCCAAACAUUCCAACAUCAUACAAGCCGCCUACGCUCUCUACAUUUGGAAAGUAUUCCAAAGUGUCGGCAUCUUCCGGAGUGGCUUCAACAUUUAACAAACCUGCAAAACCUUUUUCUCUUUGAUUUGCCCAAUUUAACUAUGCUUCCGGAUGAGAUGCGCCGUCUAACCAAUUUGAAAUCCUUAUCUAUACAACAAAGUCACCAGUUGGAGGAGAGGUGUCGGAAGGGCAUCGGUGCCGAUUGGCAUAAGAUUGCUCACAUCCCAUAUAUUUGGGUGAAUGGGGAUUGUGUGCAAGACCUACUGAAAACUGACAAGCCUUUCUUACAAUGUAACUACAGUGAUGUGGACAUACCUAAGAAGCUUGCGACGCUAAUCUUCUGGAUUGCUUAUUUUCAACAUGAUGGCACCAAUGCAGUUGACAUACACUUGGAAGAUGUGAGUUCGAGUAAUACCCUGUUCAGGCAUGUAAACUAUAAGCAGAUGAUGUUUCCAUUUGCCUCUGCUGGUGUAUUUUUAAGGCUAACCUUCUGUCUAUCAAAUGCCAUAGUGCUGAGGAAGAUCAUUUCUCAACCAUUUAGCAAUUCAUCUGACUCAAGUCGACUUGCAGAGUCUGAUGGACGUUAA